AGUCGGUGUGGUGGCAACUCGACUUAGAAACACAUAUACAAGUUAUUUAAUAAACACAACAAAUAUUUUUUUUGAUCGCAGCAUCAUAUUCCUAAAACAUUACCAGUACGAACAAAAUAAUAUUAUUUCAAAUCAUGCAAAAAACAUAUUUCUAUCUAAUUACCUUUAUAUUUUUGGAUGUAUUUGCUUUGUUUUCAAGCCUUAAUGUUUUUACUAAUCGACUUCAUGUACACGGAAAUCCAAAAAUUAUCAUUACGUUGCAGUCCUUACCCAAUAAAUGGUUUACAACUAAGGUAACCUUAAAUGAAAGGAUUUUGGUUGAUUAUUUCCAGACGAAUACAAGUGAGCGAAAAGAAUCUUUGGUUUGGUAUAAAACGAAAAACUUAACAACAACUCUAUCUUUUUUUGGAGUAAGAUAUGAUGCUAAGUUACCGUACGAAAAGUGUUUUUUUCAUCUAUGCAGAGCUAAUUUUUUAUCGAAUGGUUUCUUUAAUAUUAAUGUCCUUAUAACAAAUGACGGCUCAUUUGAAAAAGAAAAUCAAAGCACAACUUACACAAUUAUUAGGCCUAACCUGCUUACUUCAUGUGAGCCUCAAAUUGACAUUUCUCGUUGUCACGAUUCAAAUCGGCCGUUACAUUAUGAAACAUCGAAAGUGAUUCUCUUAAGAGCUUUUUUCUUAAAACAUUGUCCAAUGGACAACUUUAUUCAAUACUAUUGGACUUUGCACGAUAGUACAGAGUCAGAACUAUUCGAAUUUUUGGGUGCGACUUCAAAACCAGAACUAAAGGUUGCCGGAUAUCGCCUCAACUUUCGUCAGCAGUCACCGCUAAACCGAAUGGUAUUAAUUCGCCUUAAUGCGAAAAUUCUAGGGCGUCGAGCUCCACUUACUGCCAGGUGUUAUCUUACAUUGGCUUCCCAACGAUUAUUUGCAUCUAUUCGUGGUGGAAAUUAUAGAGAAGUAUUUCGUGGGAAGAGUAUAAGUAUUAACGGUAGUCCAAGCAGAGACUUGGCUAUGCCUAGGACUGGUUCACAACACUUGGCUUACUGGUGGUCAUGUUCUUCAACUAAAAAGCAGAAAAAAAAAUCUUGUCAUCGAAAAAUGGGCACAUGCAGUCGGGUUAUUAUACCAGCUUACUCUCAACCCAAUAACCAGACCUUAAAGAUAAUAUUACUUAUAAGGUCUGCAUUUGAUCCACUUCGCACAGCUAUUGCUAGGCAAACCAUAGUUUUUUCCUCUUCGCGUCAGCUUAUACAUUUGAAUAUUCUAUGUGUUAGCAACUGUAAUGGAAAAAAGUAUACUGUAGAAUUUCCUAUUCAUCUGAAAGGGCAAUGUUCUCGUUGCAUUAAUAAAAAUAUUAGAACAUGGCAGUGGAAAGUGGACAAUACACGAGUGGAAGGCGCUUCUAAAAGACUUAUAUUUAACGUUAUGGACUCAAAAAAGCGUAAAAUCACAAUAAAUCUCAAUGUGAAAGCGGUAAAUCGAUAUAAUCCAAAUAUUAUUUAUCACGGAACUACUUUAGUGACCAGAAAAAACAUAGGUCCAUCAAAUAGUAAUUGCACCAUAAGCCCUAAAACCGGAAAAGCUCAAGAAACCCAAUUUUAUUUACAGUGUAGGCUGAGCCAAGCUCGGUUCAAGCCCCUACAGUAUUGCAUUGGUGUUAACAAUUUCCUUGUCGACGAAUGCAGGACAGAUGAUAAAAUACUAGUGCGACUUCCACCGACGGAACGUAUUACAGUUAUGAUAUGUGAUAAUUUUAAUGUAUGUCAUGAUGUUACUGUUUAUGUUGAUGUACGUCGAUUUGAAAUUGAAGAUACAGAUAUCGCAUUUAAUGAAGCUUUAUCCCAAGCUCGAUAUUUAUUGGAAUUUGCCGAUUGGGGAAAAGCGUUUUUGUUAUUAUAUCAAGUGGCAAAGUUGAUAACAUCAAACGAACGUCUCACACCUUUUAUCAAAACUCUUUAUGAAUACCACCCACAUACGACUGCACAGCUAACCCAUCUAGUCCGUCUUACAAAACGAGUAGUCUUAUCCCUAGAACCGCUUGAUGAUAUGGAUGUGAGUGCAAUUGCCAGAAUGCUGAAUUUAAUUUCAUCGACAUUCAAGGUAGUUAUCGGAAGCAAUGAACUCAACACUUUAAUGGACAAUUAUUAUGAAACGAUGGUAAAUGAACUGUGGGAUAUUCUUAAUAAAUUUAAUUCUGAGUGGGAAUAUAUACCGAAAUCUCAAUGUCGUGCGGAGUCUGAAUCAUGUUUGAACAUUGAUAACUUUAGAAACAAAUUGGAGCAAAUGUCAACUCUACGUCCGGACGUCUUAGAACAUAUUAACAAUUGGUUACAUGCGCAGUGGAAGUUAAGUAGUUGCUUAUUUUAUGUGGGAAUGGGAACAGCCCGGCGCCUUCAUCCCGAGGAAGGGCCGAAACUAUUAGAACGGUCAACUUUUAAUAUCAGAAUGGAAAGUUUUGAUCUCGAUAAUGAAGGAAACAUCGAAUUUGAGUCCGCUGACUCAAUGCAUACGAUUGUAUUUACUCAAAAACUUCUUCAAGAAAUUCGUCAACGAAUUCGAACUGAUGAAAUUCUCAUUUUUGUUAGAAGUCAUAAGCAUAGCCAAUAUUGGUGGUAUCCUGAGCAAGAUGCCCAAACUCAAGUGCUUGCGGUUAAUGCAUUUUCAGAAAAUUAUUUUUGGCAAAAGACUGAGGAGGUUGUAGAGCCUUUUCAAUAUAUUUCAAAACUAAAAAUGAAUUUUUCUGCUGGUGAAUAUGCAAGCGAUGAUCAAAAUUCUCAACGUCUUCAACGCGGAAUAGAUUUCGAUGACCCUGAGGAAGAUGUGGAAAACGUCAUACACGAUAAUGUAUAUACAUCGUUCGAAGUUCGUAUGUAUAGAACCGAACUAUAUGCACAUUCAGUGAUUGGAAUAAAAUUUACUCAUGCGGAUAUAGACUAUUGUGUAUUGAUUCGGAUGACUAACGUCCCAAAGUUAGAGGAUAUAGAAACAGAUUUUACUUGCCUCGUAAAAUCUGAUAUGAAGGAACCAACAACAUUCUUACUACGAAAUCAUUGUACAAAAUCACAGCCUGUAUAUAUUUAUGUUCGUGCUGCCAAUUUAUCAGAGUUGUGGGAUAGAUUCAAUGAAAACGGAGCAUUUUUCUCAUUCACUACGGAAGUCCGGAGCUGUAGGGUUUGGAAAUAUGAACGUCCCGAGCCUAGUUGGCAAAACUCCGCUUGCUUUCCAGAAAUGAAUAAAAGCAUAUAUUUUGGGAUACAUUGUAAGUGUAACUAUAUAGGCGACUUUGAUGCUGAUGCAAUGCCAAUUAUCGCACUACCAAUGAACCUAAAAUGCCAUAUAGAACGUCCGGUCAUUGGAUAUAAUUAUAAAAUGAUCAUUUUCUUUCUGACCAUUAUCAUUUUUGCAGUUGUAUUUAUAUUUCUUAGUAUGAAACGUAUAAGGUAUUUGGAUAAAAGAUUGUAUGUUGAAAUAUAUGAAAGGAAAAAGUUUUGUUAUCGCGGUGAUAUCCUGAUCAAGUUUACUUUCGGAGGAAGAUAUAAUGCCGGUACUUCAGCUAAUAUUAUAUUUUCAUUUAAUUCAUUCGGCAAAGUAUUGGAAGUAAUUGCAUACCAAAACCCAAUGAUUCGAAAUUUUGAAAGAAACCACACCAUUUAUUUCCGACUUCGUCGACAGCUUAUUAAAAUUCCUACACAAAUUGCAAUAAGUCAUGACUACACUGGAAUUUAUCCCCAUUUCUUUUGUCGAACGGUUAUAAUAUGCGAUACCCUCACUGAAGAGACACAAAGUUUUCGUUUUCAACAGUGGAUCAGACGCUCAAGUAAAGAUACCCAAUUUAAAUCCGCCAAAACAAUUUACCGCGGAACAACAGCAGAUUCAGAUUUACAUGAAUGGAAGCCAAGAUUUUCAAAAUCAAUGGAAAACUAUAUGGGUAACUGGUAUUUAUUUCAACCAAUUAUUGGUCCAUGGCGCUUUGGAAUAGAUCGGUCGGUGCUCUGUAGAUGGGAACGCAGUUGCAUAUUUUUUGUAAAAUUAUGUUUUUCCAUCUGCAUCGUUGUCAUAUUUUUUGGAAAGACAGAACCGAUCGCAUGCGACCCCAGUCCACAAAAAUACAAUCAUAUUGAAGUAGUUAUAAGGCUUUGCUUUAUAUGUUAUAUAAUAAGUGCUUUGGUUCAGAUAGCAAUGGAAACCGCUUUUAAAAUAGUUGGAAUUUAUUAUUAUGUAUAAAAAAUCGGUAAUAUAUUAUUAAUUUGCACUUGACAUCAUAAUAAUCUCUAACAAAUUCUGACAAAGCCCUGUAUAGUUAUUUUUAAAUACAAAUUUUAAAUUAUAAAUAUGAUUGGUUUAGUUAUUUAUACAAACACAAUGAAAGCUUGUAUCAAUGAAAAUUGGGAAAUAACCCCGGAAUGUUUGGAAAAAAGUUUGCAGCGCAGUGAUUCUAUAGAACAGCAAAUUUGGUGUGUAACAGGCCAAUUAACAUAUGUAUGCUCUGGAGCAAAGAGAAACGACAAUAAAAGUGUUAAACAUAAUUUAAAAAGAAAUAGA